AUGAAAAUAAUUCAUAUUUAUUUAACACUCAAUAUAUAUCUUAUACUCUUUGUGGCAUUACUGACUGAUGCUAAACUCCAAUGUGAAGAGGUAUCUAGAGCGCUCAAAAGAAAUGAACCUAUUGAUUAUAAUGUUACUAAGAAAUGUCUUGAAAGUUUUCCUUUUAAUGUUAAACUUGCUAACAAAACCAUUGAUUCUGUGUUGCACUUCAUGUUAAAUUAUUAUCCAUUCAUUGAUCGGGCCAAAGAAAAGCCACCAAGUGGAUUUAUUUAUCAACCUGUGGACAUAGAAAAAGAAUUAAAGUUGUUACGUGAAAAUACUUUUAAAUCAGAUUAUGACUUUUCGACGGCUUUAAGAAAUACACUUUUCAAAUUAAAAGAUGGUCAUACAAGAGUUACAAAUCUUUGUUAUCAGAAUUUCGUUUAUGAUCAAAAUUUAAUUUUAUAUUCUGUGAUUACGACCGAGAAGAAACAGGUUUUUAACGAUACAAAAGAUCCAUCAAACAUUGACUGUGAAGUUACUAAAAUUGGAGGAAAACCCGCAUUACAAGCAAUAAUUGACUUUGCAAAUGAUUCAAUUGCAUAUUCAAAAGAUCUGGGUGUCCGAUUUAAUAUGGCUUUGGCUCCUAGUAUAGGAACAUUUUCACAACAAUUUACUUUGCGAGAAGAUUUUCCUGAAACUCCUAGCAUCACUUAUAAUUUAGAAUGUCCAAAAAAACGCUCUUUUACAUUAGAAAGAAAAUGGAAUAUUUCAUAUAACAAUGGAUUUAAUCUUUUUAGUAAUUUUUGUUUAGACCAAAAUAAUAAUACUACUUCUGCACUUAAUGAUAAUUUUGCUUCAAGUGGCAAAGUUACAGAAUUAGCAACAGCUACAAAAUUAAUAUCAAGUGAUAAAUUUGAAGCGUCAACAUCAAGUAAUGAAAAGCAGAAGAUUAAACAUGCAAAAUUAGUAGUCAAGGAUUUUUACUUAAUAGAUGAUGGAAAAAACAAAGUUGGUAUUGCUGUAAUUACUGAAGAAAGAUCAAAGCUCGAAAAUUUUCUAAUAGGUGGUUUCCAAAAAUUAAAAAAUCGAGGUGCAAAAAAACUUAUUUUAGAUGUGUCAAAUAAUAUUGGUGGAGAUCUUACUGUACCACUAUUCUUGACUUCAUUAUUACUUUCACCAAAACAACCAAACUCAUUUCCAACAGACAUAAUAAUUAAUAAUUUUACUAUUCCAAAAAUAGAAGAUAAUUUUAAUACACUUGGUCCUGAUGACUAUAAUAUAUAUAAUCCGAACUUUUAUUUGUCAUUUCCUUCUGGUGACCACUUUAGUAAUGCUAGUGAUUUUAUUGGAACUCGAGAAAAACGAACUUCAAACCUGUAUCUUAAUGCUUUAACAUCUGAAGAAGAGAAGAUACUCAAUAAUACCUCAUCAUUUCCAUGGACUAGUGAUGAUAUCAUAAUCAUAACUAAUGGAUUUUGUGCAUCCUCAUGUGCGCUAUUAACCACAUUUUUUUCUGAAAUUUAUAAUAUUAAAACAAUUGCCGUUGGUGGUCUUCUUGACACUCAAAUGUCGUUUUCCACUUUUCCUGGCGGUGAAGUUCAAUCACCUGAACCUAUUUCAGAUUUUUCUGGUGAUAAAGUCACUGAUGUUCCAGGAAUAAAUGCAUUUAUUCUUGCUAUAAGAGAAUCUUACGAUAUUGACAAAAAUGGUACUGUAAAAGACAUAUUAGAGUAUUCAUAUAAACCCGCUAAUUAUAGACUUUAUUAUGAUGAGAAUAAUGCCAGAGAUCCUAGCUUAUUAUGGCUUGAAGCUACCAAGAUUUUUAAUGAUAGUUUAAUUAUUUAA